UCACCUUCUCAUUAAUCAAGUAUACUCAUCUCUUCUCACACUCCCCCAGGAAGGCGAAGAUCUUCCGAGCGUGAAGGUGGCCGUGUUCGUCAAGGAUCGGAUGCCCUUCUUCAGGCUGUUCCUCCGCCACCUGGGCCGCCUCCACUACCCGAAGGACAAGAUAACGCUCUUCGUGUACAUCUCAGAGGCCGCGUCGCAUCACGUCCAGGAGUUCGAAGACUUUCUCGACGAAUACGAAAUGCAGUACCAGGACGUGGGCGUGGCUUAUCCGGAGGUGGGAAUCGACUACACGAAGGCUCACAGGCUCCUUUGGCAGGAAGUGAGGAAGUCUAAGGAAGACUACUUGUUUAUGCUCGACGCAAAUGUCCAGCUCACCAACCCCGAUGUCCUGCAGGAUCUCAUACGUAAGAGGAGGAGUGUGGUCGGCCCCCUCUUGACGCACGCCGACGGCACCGGACAUAACUUGAUGACCGAAUACAUCAACCACGAAUUCUCCGAGGGCUUCUUAGCCGGGAACUUCGUUGCACGACACCGCGACGAGAACGGGACCAUCGACUUCGUUGGGAUGCUGCAGGUGGCCAAGAUCAAGAGCGCCCUUUUGUUCACCAGAGACGCCUUCCUGCACAUCGAGAGGGGAAGCUUCACCUCUUCAGGGGAUGAUAUGUGGAAUCGCUUCUUCAUUCACGUCUUUGAGCAGGACUACAUCCCCUACGCAUGCAACCAAGAGGACUACGGCCACCUGACGAAGGAGGAGGAGGACGGCAAGUUUACCCCCGACAUCUGGAACCUGGAACGCAACCAAGAGGACUUCGUCGCCUUCUUCACCUUGCUCCAGACUUCAGAGGGGCAGGAGGUCUCGUUGGGCGAAGGCGAGUGCGAGGGCGUCGUCAGGCGGUGGUUCUUCAGAGGCCUCUUCGCCCGAGACCUGAUGGCUCGUGUCGAGGGAGACCGCCGCUGGGAGGACGCCGUUCGGGAGGGAGCUUCAGACACCGUAGAAGUCCUCGCACCUCCCGAAGGACUCGAGAGAAGGGCGGGACAAGCCCUUGCUAAGUUUGUCGUCAGGAGCAUGAUGCCUCAGCUCAACGAUACGCAGGUAUCGUCGGAGGGAGAGCUGCAUGUUCUUAAGGGCAGCGGCAGUUUUUCGCUUGACGGAGCCUCCUUUAUCGUGUUAGUUGCAUUAGGGGAUGAGGUCACAGAGUUGGAAAUCCAAUCCACAGGUGAACAGAAGUGCCACCUGGCUCUGCAGAAGGGUGAAGCGGCAUCCUUCAGAAGUGCCGACUACCCGAAGCUCACGUUCCCGCAGUCGGUGACCUUGGCUCUCAUGACCCUCUGACCUCGUGUCGACCUCCAUAUCCCCUCAAAUAAUAUUGGAAUAGAGGGGGAAGUGUGAGAAUAGGCAUGUCCCCUUUCCUGUGGAUUUUCCCUUAGUAUUUGAAAUAGUAAUGACAGAAAAACUAUGGUUCUGGGUAUAUCAACGUUAUAGCUUAGGUAUCCUUCAUCUUAAAAUGCGUGUUCUUUUGUACAGUGUUUGUUAUUCUUGAUAGUGAAAGGGGCACAUUAACCUCCCCUUACCUCUCGGAUGCAAUUUUGAGUGUCAUUGUCGCUGAGGAUCGUCUCGCCUAUGCCGGGUAUGAAGGAAAAUAUGUAAGGGCCUCGCGGACAUGACUCAGAGAGAAGCCAGGGAACGAGAUAGAUCUUCUUCACAUAAACUCUGCUCUGUUUCGUUGCUUCU